AAGGCUCUCGUGGGGCGCCGGGACCGGGGACCUGGCCGAGAGGGGACCUGGAUGCAGGAGGAGAUUUGGGCCCGGAAACUUCUCCCUGUCCAUUGGCUUCUGUGUGGUCCCAGGAGAUAUGCCGCAUCUAACUUCAAGGCUGCCGACCUGCAGCUGGAAAUGACGCAGAAGCCUCAAAAGAAGCCUGACCCCAGCGAGACCCUGGUGUUCGGGAAGACGUUCACUGACCACAUGCUGAUGGUGGAGUGGACGGGGGAGAAGGGCUGGAGCCGGCCCCGGAUCCAGCCCCUGCAGGACCUCUCGCUGCACCCGGCCUGCUCUGCCCUCCACUACUCCCUGCAGCUCUUUGAGGGCAUGAAGGCGUUCAGGGGCCAGGACCAGCUGGUGCGCCUCUUCCGCCCCUGGCUCAACAUGGACCGCAUGCUGCGCUCCGCCCUGCGGCUCUGCCUGCCGAGUUUCGACAAGGCGGAGCUACUGGAGUGCAUCCGCCGGCUGGUGCAAGUGGACAAGGACUGGGUGCCCGACAGGCCGGGCACCAGCCUCUACGUCCGUCCCGUGCUCAUCGGGAACGAGCCCUCGCUAGGUGUCGGCCACGCCACACGCGCCCUCCUAUUCGUCAUUCUCUGCCCGGUGGGCUCCUACUUCCCUGGAGACUCCGUGAGCCCUGUCUCCCUCCUGGCUGACCCCACCUUCAUCCGGGCCUGGGCGGGCGGGGUCGGCGACUGCAAGUUGGGGGGGAAUUACGGGCCCACAGUGUUCGUGCAGCAGGAGGCGAAGAAGAAGGGCUGUGAGCAGGUGCUCUGGCUGUACGGGCCUGACCACCAGCUCACCGAGGUGGGCACCAUGAACAUCUUCAUCUACUGGACCUACGAGGACGGCGUGCUGGAACUGGUGACGCCCCCGCUGGAUGGCGUCAUCCUGCCCGGAGUGGUCAGACAGAGCCUGCUGGACCUGGCCAACACCUGGGGCGAGUUCCGGGUGGUGCAGCGGAAGAUCACCAUGACGGAGCUGGUGCGGGCGCUGGAGGAGGGUCGGGUCCGGGAGGUCUUUGGUUCCGGCACCGCCUGCCAGGUCUGCCCUGUGCACCAAAUCCUGUACCAGGGCAAGAACCUCCACAUUCCCACCAUGGAAAACGGCCCCGAGCUUAUCCUCCGUUUCUACAAGGAGCUGAAGGCGAUCCAGUACGGAGCCAAGGCGCACGAGUGGAUGCUGCAGGUGUGACGCCCCGUGUCCUGGCCGCCGCAUCUCGCCCGACGCUCACCUCACUCCCAGUGACUCACCUAAAGUGCAAUAUGAGACUAACGGCCCGGCUGGCCUGCUCCGGUGCUCCUGGUCGCUACACUCCCAAAGCCAGACGGCCCAGGUGUCUGGGCCCCCAGCCCCGCCUCUCCGUUUUGUGGGGUGAAGACUGCACCUUGGCCUCGAUUCUGUGUCUCUCCGUCUCCGGAUCUCCCAGUGGUGCCGUUGAUAUAUAUAUAUAUACACACACACAUAUAUAUAUAUAUAUAUUCUCUUCUUGCUGCAAUUUUGAAAUAAAAUGCCAAAGAACAAGACAUCAGCAGUCAUCUCCAAUGAUCAACCCAGGGACCCUGGGUUCUUUUUUUGUUACUGUUUAUGUGUGACAAAUAUUCCAUAUUGGUCAAAAAAUACGGAAUGCUUCUCGAAUUUG